CACCCACGUUUUCACUUCCUUAAUUGCUUCGUAAGUGUGUACCCAGACCAUGUUGUCCCAUUGACGGGUCUUUCUACUCGACUCCACAAGUUGCCAGAGAUUAUUUUAUCUAACAGCUGUGUCUUCAGGUUUCUGCUUUGGUGGACGAUGGCAAUGAUGGCCGUUUUGGCAGCAGUGCUUCUCACUUACGGAGUCUCUACAGGAAUUGCAAGGGAGGCCCGUGAAUCUGAUGCUUUAGCUGGGGAAAACGGUGAGCUUCCACUGGACAUGGCUAAAGACUCUGUUGACGACAUGUACGAUAAGUGUGAAGAUAAAAUGUGGAAGAACGUAUCAGCAUACCUAAGGAAUGAGACAAACAAAAACCCAUUAUUUAAAGAGGUCUGGGGCAGCCAUUAUAAAAAAGGAAAAAGAGACGAACAAAAAAAAUAUCAGAUUGCAGCAAUUCGUACUUACACUGACAAAAGAGGUGUGUAUCGUGACUUCAACAAUGCAGUUCGAACCCAGGGACCCGAGUACGAGACCAAAUUCGGGUAUCACGCACUUCAUUUUCUGCUGACUACUAAAGCUAGAGCCAAAAAGGAAAAUCAAUGUCUCACUGGCUACCGUAGAGUCAACGCAACCUUUAGCCAAGGUGUUGAAAACAAAGAGAUUCGCUUUGGCUCUUUCACCUCAGCCUCACUGGAUACGUACGCCAAUGAAACCCAGUUCGGAAAAAAGUCAUGCUUUGAGAUUUUCACGUGCAUGGGAGUAGAUAUCUCCGACUUCUCUGAAUAUUUGAACGAAAGAGAAGUGCUGAUUCCUCCCUAUGAGGUCUUUAAAGUCAUAGAGAUAAAGAACAGUUCAAUGCAUCCAGAUCUUCCAUGUGAUGUGGUCUAUAAAGUGAACAGUACAAAGACUCCUCUUUCCAAGUUGAAUUGUUCUCUUGUUAAGUAA